CUUCCUUCAAGUGCUCCGAACGCGUUCCUUUGCUGCCGUAAAAAGUUGCAUAAUCAGGGACAACUUGGCACACCAUUUUCGUUCGUCUUUAAAAAUAACAAGCAUUGAACAGCGACCCUCUUCCUCCUCAAGAACCUCCUAAACACUUUAUACGACCUCUCCCAGUAACUACACAAUGACAACGCCCGAACCUAAAGGCAAAGGUCGGGUUCACGACGAGCAACCCGCAACUCCGCCUCCAAUGUUCCCUCUUCAAGCUACGUACGCCAAGGAGAUUCCCUUGCCUGCUGAAGCGUACGGAUGGUAUGAAAGCAUGAUGAGUUGCCUUGGCAGUGUCGCCGGGGUAUUGGGCAGCAUACCAUGUUGUUGCUGUUGUCCCAAUCCCUACAAGUCGGUAGCGCAAGGAACUGUGGGCCUGGUCACUCGUUUCGGCCGAUAUUACAAAAGCGUCGACCCUGGACUGCACGCUAUCAAUCCCGCCACUGAAAAUCUGCAAACAUUGGAUAUCAAGAUUCAAGUCGAGGAUAUUCCGACUCAGUCUGUAAUGUCCAAAGACAACGUUAUGGUCAUGAUUGAUUCAGUCCUCUAUUGGCACAUUAUUGACCCUUACACGGCCGCCUUCCUCGUCAACAAUGUCCGAAAAGCCCUCACUGAACGGACACAAACUACUCUUCGUCAGAUUAUCGGCUCACGUACAAUUCAAGACUGCGUUGAACAGCGAGAAAGCAUUGCGCACGAGAUUCAACUCAUUGUCGAAGGCCCUGCUUCCACCUGGGGUGUUAAAAUCGAGAGUAUUUUGAUCAAGGACAUGCAAUUCAGUACUGAGCUCCAGGAGACUUUGUCAUCUGCUGCGAAACAGCAACGGUUGGGUGAGAGUAAAAUUAUCGCUGCCAAGGCUGAGGUCGAGAGUGCGAAGCUGAUGAGGGAGGCGUCCGAUAUUCUUAAUACGCCUGCGGCCAUGCAAAUCCGAUAUCUUGAAACGCUCAACAGCAUGGCCGCCAAGGCGGGCACCAAAGUCAUCUUCAUGCCUCCUAAUUCUGAUGAUCUCGGAGUACAGAGAGUGACGCAAAUGGAAGUCAUGGGCCAAGGUGGUCAUGCGUGAGACGAAGCAGACUGUGGUUUAUGAAAAGUUAGAAAAUUAAUGGAUAGUUAUGUGUUGGUGAUUUACUACAUUCGAUUGUUUUUGGAUAAUGCUGUUUCGUACCCAAUGUCAAUAAUGAUGGCACCAUCCAGUGGAAUUAAUGCCACCGAUACUCGUUCUGCUGGAUAGUUUAUGUAUGCG